AUGAAAAAUAUAAUUUUUCUUAUUUCUAUUUUUAUCAUCAAUACAUAUGGAUGGUUUUAUGGUCGUCCAGAUCCAGGAGCUUCAACAAAAGGAGGUGUAUGGCCUCUUCCUGCUAAUAGUUAUGAUUAUAAUACAACAGUUUUGAUUGAUCCAACUUCAUUUACCUUUACUACAACAGUAACUUGUAAUAUUAUUCAAAAAGCUAUCAAAAGAUAUUCAAAAUGGACAUUUCCUUCUACUGAUAUGACAAAAAAAAAUAUAUUAAAUAAUGGAUAUACAUUAUCAACAAUGAAUAUACAAAUUGAUACUCCAUGUAAUGAUAAUGAAUAUCCUUAUUUAAAUAUGGAUGAAUCUUAUCAAGUUGUUGUUCCACAAAUUGGUGGAAAAGGAUUUAUUCUUGCAAAAACUGUAUGGGGAGCAUUACGUGGAAUGGAAACAUUUUCACAAUUAGUUUAUAGAGUAUCAGAAAAUAGUUAUCAAGUUAAAAGUACUAGUAUAAAAGAUUCUCCAAGAUUUUCUCAUCGUGGUAUUUUAAUUGAUACAUCCAGACAUUGGAUAUCAAUAAAUGUACUUAAACAAGUAAUUGAUUUAAUGUCACAAAAUAAAUUUAAUGUCUUCCAUUGGCAUUUAGUUGAUUCAGAAUCUUUUCCAUAUGUUUCAAAAAAAUUUCCUAAUCUUCAUAAAAGUGGAGCAUACUCACCACUUCAUAUAUAUACACCAGAUGAUGUACAAAAUAUUAUUGAAUAUGCCAAGUUACGUGGUAUUCGUGUUAUUGCUGAAUUUGAUACACCAGGCCAUACUGGAGCAUGGACUGGUAAAAAUAAAUUACUUAGUAAAUGUUAUGAUCGUGAUGGAAAUAAUGAUAUAUUAGGAAAUAUUUUAGAUCCAACAUUACCUGAUAAUAUGAAAUUUAUAAAAGAAUUUUUUGAAGAAGCAUUAACUGUCUUUCCUGAUAAAUCAAUGCAUUUUGGUGGUGAUGAAGUUUCAUCUCUUAUGUUAGAAUGUUGGCAAAGAAAUACAGAUGUUAUGAAAAGAAUGAAAGAAAUGGGAUUUGGUAGUGAUACAACACAACUUUUACAAUAUUAUUUCCAACAACUUGUUAAUUAUGUUCAAAAUGCCAGAAAUGAUACACAAAUGAUAUUUUGGCAAGAAGUUUUAGAUAUGGGUGUAGCACCAUCUAAUUCAAUUGCACAUGUCUGGAAAGGUGACAAUUUAGAAGAUGUUUAUGAAGAAAUUGCUCAAACUACACUUAAUGGACAUUAUACAAUUGUAUCAUCAUUUUGGUAUUUAAAUUAUAUCAAAUAUGGAAAUGAUUGGGGAUAUUUAGAUUCUGAUAAUAUGCGAUUAAGAGGAUUAUAUUAUGAAUCAGAUCCACAAGGUUUUGUUGGUACACAACAACAAAAAGAUUUAGUUAUUGGAGGUGAAGCUAUUAUGUGGGGUGAAUUUGUUGAUGGAACUAAUCUUGUUUCAAGACUUUUCCCAAGAGCAUCUGCAGUUGCUGAAAGAUUGUGGUCUGUUGCAUCGAUGACUAAAAGUGCUGAUAAGGCAUGGCCAAGAUUACAUGAACAUCGUUGUCGUAUGAUGAAUAGAAAAUUUCCUGUUGAACCUCCAAAUAAUCCAGAUUUUUGUCCAUAUGAAUGGAAUCCUUUAUAUGGAAAUGUUGAUGAAUAA